UGUCAACAACAGGUGGCUUUUCCGCCCGUUGUUGUCCACGUUGGUCUAAUUGGAUCAACUGUGUAGUAAAUAACGCAAAUAUGGCAGGAAACAGUGCACUAGAAGAACUGGACAUAGGGGCUUUGAGCGCUGAGCAACAGGAGAUACUUAGACAAUAUAAGAUAAAAACGAGAAUUGACAAUGAAAAAUAUUUAAGAGCGCAUCCAGAGGUCGAGUUGAUGAUGAGCGACUUCCUAAGAGAUGUGUUCCUCAAAAGACCAGUCGACAUACGUGAAUUUGCGGCAGGUCACUUCACAAACCCAAACCUGGCAACGAAGAUCACUUCCCAUCUACAAGGCUUUACUGAAACAGACUAACCUACAGAAACCUUUUUUAAAGCUCUGAUAAGCAGUCUGAUAUAAGAGACUCUUUGUAUUUCAAUUGUAGACUUAGAGAUGGCAUGUGAAGUACACACAUCCUUCACUCAAGUAGAAGUACAGAUACUCAUGUUUAAAAAGACUUAGGUAAAAGUAAUGACAACACUUUUUCACUCAAGUUAAAGUAAAGAAGUAUGGUCUCUGUAUACUUAAGUAAAAAGUAGCAAUUUCUACUACCUGUUGGACCUCACAUAAUAUUAAUACAUUAAUACAAAAAUACAGUAUGUGUGCUAUGAGACUACUACACUAUGAGAAUCUUUUUGACGCCGAAAACUUACAUUUCGUCAUUUAGUGUAGUUGAGGUUGAUGUGCCAGUAGCCUGGGGAGAUAACAGGAGCUGGAUUGUUUGUCAUCCUGUUCCAGGGAGAAUCAACCCUCUUGUUGGGCUAAUCAGUUUGAUAUUUAACAGUAGUGAUGCUUUUGUUUUUUCUAACCCACUGUAGACUUUUGUGUGAGAUCCUCCCUGAAUACAGUGUACACGUUUCCAAAUAUGAAGUUAAAGUUAAGAAAAAAUAUGUUUUAAGGUAGAUUGUUACCCUAGUUACAGUGCUAGUACUUCAGAACUGGGGAGAGCAGAGUAAACCAGUUACUUGUUUGGGUGGUCAUAGUUUUAAAGCUCAAUCCAUGUUAAAUGAACUAUCAACACUAGUUUUCAAUCCUAUCAGUUUGUCCAGCCCUAACAACUUGUCAGUAAAGAUGCACAUUCUACAUUACAUACAGUACCUCACUGUACCUCCAUCUGAUGUAAUGUUGUUAGUGCACCAGACCAGUUAAACCAGGUCAGUCUCAGAUGACCACAGACCAGUUAGACCAGGUCAUACUCAGAGGAAGUUUCUUCUGGGCAUUCACAGAACCGUGUUGAAGCUCUAUGUUUGGGAAACGGACAGCCCCACAGUGUGCACACAGUGUACCUUGUACACAGUAUGCAAAGUACACAGUGUACAUCGUACACAAUGACAGUAAAAAAAGAGGAUGUGCAUGACUUGUAUAAUUUGUCUGCCUGAAAGCAAUAACCUUGAUUAACCUUUUAGCUGGCAAAGGCAAUAUUUGCUUCAGUCACAGUACUUUACAAAUAUGAUAGGUAUACUUACCUGGUGUAUGGCCAUCUUUGUGUUGUUGUCUCUGUGUAGUAUUUAUGAUGGAUUAAUGUGUUUUAAUACCUGUCUACAAACAAAUUUCCCCUAGUGGGAUAAAUUGACUUGAUCUAAAAUUGAUAAUUAUUUGUUCAUGGAUUGUCUCUGUAAAGUGUGAAUUGUGUGGAUUACAUUUUCUAUAAAAAGUUGAACUUGA